AUGCCUUCUUAUACUAUGGAUCAACUGGAUGACCUGGAGGAGCAAUCCGAGUCAACGCCCCCGCAUUAUCAGACAUUGGCCCUCGCGCUUGUUUCCGGCCUGCUAGAGGCGAAUGCAAUCUCGUAUGGUGUCAUGGGCGGCAUGAACUUCUACCUGCGAGGUUCGGGCAGGGCGACUGGUGAUAUCGACAUCGCUGUAGACAACCAACCACGUAUGGAUAAUCUCCUGAAUAUUUUCAACAACAAUCCAGCCAUCUGGCGGCCGGCCAGCAGGAUGCAAUGGGCCUCGGGUGUCGCAAGGCUGUUUGUCAAUGUCCAGGGCAGGUUGGCCCAGGUCGACCUGAAGCCAAAGGGUGCCGAAGGGCAUCUUAUCCCUAGUGAUCUCAGUGCUGCCGUCGAGACCCUGGAGAUAGCAAGUGGCGCUCGGUGCAAGUUUCUCAGCAUCGGCCCUCUCGUGGCGGCUAAGAUCAAGGCUCACUACGGCCGGGAGACGAGAGACGACUAUGUGGAUCUCAUGUUUGUCUGCAGGUCCAGCAAUUAUGCCCCGUUGGUCAGGCGAGCGGCAGGUUCGUUCCGCCCUGAGUGGAAAGCGUGCUUCCUGGAGCGGGUGAUCGAGACCGACCCCAGGUACGAGACUCAGGUCCGGUGGGCCUUGGGGAUGGAUCGUAGCCCUUCCCCUGAAGACAAGGGCUCGCGAUCUGGCUCCGAUGGCGGCCGCGGCAGUGGAAGCCGUGGGAGUGGCGGAGGAUCCUCUCGGCACGGCGGCUCUGCAUCCGGCUCCCGUGGCAGUGGAGGUGGAAGCCAUUCGAGUAGCGGGGGAUCCUCUCGACACAGCGGCUCUGCAUCCGGCGGCAGUGGCAGUGGCAGCGGAAGCCGCGGGGGUAGCGGUGGAUCCUCUGGAGGCAGCGCUCCACGGGAUGGCGACAAGUCCAAAGACGGGUAUUGGACGUUCAGCGCAAAGUACAACAAGUGGUAUCACCGCUCGGGCGAUGGAACCUAUAAAUGGGCGUAG